UUUCAUCUAAUAAAGCUGAUUGAGAGCUGGAGCAUCUUGAGUAGUACUAAUCUUAUUAUGAUUCUUGAAUUUUUCCAUAGAUUGUGGGAACUCCAACAUAUAUGUGCCCUGAGCUCCUAGCAGAUAUACCUUAUGGAUACAAAUCAGACAUAUGGUCUCUAGGUUGUUGUAUGUUUGAAAUUGCUGCUCAUAUGCCUGCAUUUCGAGCUCCGGAUAUGCCUGGACUGAUCAACAAAAUAAACAGAUCCACUGUCUCUCCACUUCCAACCAUAUAUUCCUCCACGUUGAAACGAUUGAUCAAAAGUAUGCUAAGAAAAAGCCCCGAACAUAGACCUACGGCUGCAGAGUUGUUGAGGCAUCCACAUUUACAACCAUACCUUGCCAAAUGCCGGAACUUGCCACCAGCAUUUGUAUCAGUAGUUUCUGACAAAGAAGCAAAACAUACUAAUGAGUCAACUUCCAAGCCUACGUUAAGAAAAGAUCAAAGGCUUCCGAAGGAAAUUAGACAAGCCAAAAAACAAGACAAGGUUGUUGCAGUUGAAAAAGUUCAUCAACUCAAAGGCGAAGCGCCUAAUACGUGUAAAAUCAAGAAAAAUAACCUUCAGAUCAAGAAAGUAGAAAAUUCGGAGAAUGAAAGACGCCAAAGCAUAUCCGUCAAGAAAAGUGGAAGUACUAAUUCAAGAAGCUCCACAAGAAGUACUUUGACUGAUCAACAUGAAGCUGAUACGAAAGAAUUCGUAGCUGAGGCUUAUAACAUAACUGAGGGAAAUGCGGGUACAGAUCAAGAAAAGCAUAAACCAACCGUUCAUAGGCCUAUAGAGAGCAAGAAAGAUGCAAAAUCUCAACCAGAAGAGCAAAAUAAACGCACAUUGAAGAAACCAGGAAUACCAAAACCAUAUAAUGAAGUUGCAGCAAAAGCCAUUGAUCAUCUAUGUACUAAUCGGGAUACAGAAAAACACGAUGGUCAUAAACGUGCAGCGAGUGAGACAUCAGUAAUGGCUACACUGAAUUUGUUACAAGGGAAGAACAAUGUGGGAAUUAGUAUGAGCAAUGAAAGGGCAGAAGCACUAGAGUCAUUACUUGAAUUUUGUGCAGAGUUACUUAAGCAUGAAAAGAUAGAAGAAUUAGCUGGUGUGCUAAAACCAUUUGGAGAAGAAGCUGUUUCUUCUAGAGAAACUGCAAUUUGGUUGUCAAAAGGAUUAAUGAAUCUUCAAAACCAAGCUGAGGAAGCUAAAAGUGCAUAGGUUUCUUGAAAAAAUUCUUGUAAAAUGUAAGCAUUUGAUUCUUGUUUUUGAA